AUGGACAUUCCGAACGCUUCUCCCAUCGUUAAUAAAUAUAUUCAUUCCGGUCUUAUCGUCCAAACUAAAAACAGGUUUCAAUUUACCGCUCCGCUGAUGCGAAGUGUACUAGGCAUUUAUCUGUAUAGUGUUCCUUACGACAAACGUUACCACUUAUUGGAUGACGGUUCUUUCGAAGAAUUCUUAUUACGUAGCCUAGAAAGGAUGAGGUCUUCCGUUUUAAAGAGUUCUUUAAGCAAAGCUUCUGACAAAUUUGACUCUCGUUUAGUCGAGCAGAUGUGGCAAAAUGAAUGGUAUAGGUCCGCUAACACAGUAUUACCUGAUGAUGUAACAAUUAGUUCAAACGUCGGAGGCUUGUAUGGAACUAAUGCGUACCUAGAUUUCUAUGUAAAUGGAGAAUUGCAGUGGGGGGUAGAAAUUCUGAGAGAGGGAACUGACAUGUCAGAACAUGCGGCUCGUUUUGGACCGAAUGAUGACUACACCAAGUUUAUCGUGAUGAGAUUAGGGAAGCCCGACGAACAUUUAGUUCUUCGUGGCGAUUUAGAUUAG